AUGGCUCUGUUGGGAUCGCGUUUUGUUCCCUUUCUGGACAACCACUUUGAGCCAGCUUCAGCAAGGAUGGCGAAAGGCUCAAAGUUGUUGUCCGUCCGUCAAGGUCCGGACCUUUCUGAAUGUUAUACCAAAGCCCCCUCAGCGAACCCGAACUACUGGUGGUGCUAUGCGGAACCUUUUGCUAAAGGACCAGGACCAGGACCUGGACCUGGACCUGGAUCAGGGCCGAGACCCGGACCCGGACCCGGGCCUGGACCUGAAGCAGGACCACCAGGGCAACAAGGGCCUGGAAGAGGAUCCGGAGAGAGGCCCGGAUUUCCAAGGCCACCAGGAGGAGGAGGGCCGCCAUCAGGUGGACUACGGCAACCCGGAAGGCCUCAGCCACCAGGGGGAAACUCUCCACCGCCUGACCCGCCUAAUAGCCCGCCAAAUAGCUCAUCGUCAUCGACAAUCAUAGAGAGCAAGCCUACUCUUUCACCAGAGCCAUCUUUGAAACCAACCGUCGAGUUGACCACAUCGACCAGGCUAUCGAGGACAGCAACGCCGACGACAAGCCCACGUUCGCCGAACCAACCAAACACAACGCACGCCCCAAGUCCUACGGGCAAUCUACCACUUAUCCCAUCAUUGGCGUCGACAAAGCCGCCUAUGAUUGUUCCUACGUCGGCUCAGUCGACGCCCGUCGGAGCGCCAGACCUGGCUCCUUCUGCAACUAAUUCAACGCCAUCGUCUACAUCCUCACCAAUAGCCGCAGCUGCCGCCACCAACCAGCGCGCAGUCACCAUCACUGUUGCGUCUAUUAUAUCUGCCGCUGGAGUUCUGUUUAUCAUUGCUGGAUUUUUGCUGUACCGCCGGUACAAACAGAGACGGCCUCCUUUCUUCCAUCGGGGAAUAACACCCAUCGAUGAUGAGGAAAUAGAGUCAUGGAAGAUCAGCAGAGAGAUCAGAGAUGAGGAGAAGAGUGGCGGUGCUUUUGAGAAGGAGACCGGACUGGAAGCCUCAGGGGCAAAUGGUAACGGUACCCAAGGGCACACAAGGGGUGCAGAGUCGACCAGCUCCCUGAAGAAAGUACCCAGCGCCGUGAUCGUCUAUCAGAGCACGCCUGCUCAGCAGUCUCAGCCGUUCGCCUCUGGGGCAGGGAGGCAGUCGGAGGAAUUCUCACCUCGAUCAAUCCACUCGCCCCUUAGGAUAUCCAAAUACGGGGCAUACGGUAGCGGCGGCAGAGUGAGUAUCGACAGGGACUACCCACAGACCCCGAUACAAGCCCGGGCACCAAACGCCCGCGAGGGUCUGACGGACGAGUCAGUCCCGGGAGAUGUGCCAUAUUUGCCCCAAACAAGGAGGCACCCGUCACGCAUUUCGAAGCUUCCGGGCCCCUUGUCUUCAAGCUCCAGGAGUAUGCACAACAGGUCGAGGAGUUCUAGGAGCAGCCUACGCAGCUUUGGAGAACGCUACAGUCAUGACCAACCUAGCCCAUACGGCGGUGGACAUACCUCCUCAGAGCAGGAUCUGUCUCCUCGCUGGGCCCGGGCUUCGAGUGAUCUACCACGUGGCGGCGCAUUGCAGCAAACACAGUCAUUACAGCAUAAGCUUCGGCACUCCAAGUCGUCCACUGGUCACCACGCCCAUGCACGAGGCCACAACCGAGUUUACUCAAACUCGGAAACGCCGCCAAGGGUUUCGUUCAGUGAUGACUUUUUGAACUCGCCCAGGCCAUUGCUGUUGCGUGAGGACAUUGGUCGGGCCAUUGGUUAA